AUGCUGAUAGCCCCGUUCCAAUGGGCUGCGAUCUUCCACAAGUCCAGUAUCAUCUUCACCAAAGGGGUGGAGGGGCUCUCGUUCUAUUCUUCCGGAAGUAAGUCGACCACGUAUGAACUCCCUACGAAGGUCUCGUGCGUUCUGUCGAAGCCCUAUCCUGACGUCGGAUGUGGUUGCUAUUCCCGGAGUCGAUUGACUAUGGAAGAAAUGGAGAAAGGCAUUUGCAGCUCGUAUAUCUUCUACAGCCAACGGGCCAUCGAUGAUAUCCUGGACGGAAAACCCAAAUGGUCAACCAUGGACGGCGAAAUUGUGAAUGUUUCCACUAUAGCACGCAACGCAGCAGAGUUGUAG